ACUUUGUCGUUUUUUGAUUGUAAUUUGCUAAGAGGAAUUCCACGGAAAGACGCAUGACCCAUUUUCAUAGCCUUUCUUGUGGAAGCCUCUCGUUUGUUCUUCUCAUUUUGAGUCUCUUGGACGGAAUUGAUCGAAGUGCUCUUAAUCUUGCAGAUUUUGAAAGGUUUCCUUCAAGACCCAGGUGGGUUUUAGCCAAGAGGAUUUGGAGAUUGAAUGUGUAAGAAAAGGUGGAAGAAGAAUGACGGUUUUGGGGGGAGUAACAGAGAAGAAGGGUGAAAUUAAGAACACCGUAUUGGUUGGAAUCCGAAAAGAUAACAUUAGCAGACAACUUAUCAAUUGGGCCCUUGUUAAAGUUGCAGAACCUGGGGACAUCGUCGUGGCUGUCCACGUCUGUCGUGAUCUCGAUGUCAAUUCAAAAGAAAACUCCUCAAUGGAUGAUUAUUUAGAAGUUUACAAAGGUUUAUGCCAUGUAAAGCAGGUGACUCUUACAGGGAAGAACAUACGGGGAAGUUCUGCUCGGAGGGCUUUGGUGAGAGAGGCAAAACAUUGCAAUGCCUCUGCAUUAGUUGUUGGGAUAAACUGGCAAAAUCAUCUCAGGGGUUGGUUUUCCAUGGCUAAGUAUUGCGCACAUGGAUUGCCUAAAACUAUUGCAGUACUUGCUAUAGACAACGGGAAGCUAAUCUUCGAAAGGGGUUCUUCCACUAACCAGCUCCAAGGAUUCACAGGAGAUCCAAGGCCAAGUUUGAGUAUAGUUCAAAAUGCCGACAAUGUUCCAGAAAUCAACAGCAGAGACUCCAAUACUGAUGAUUCCAAUCUUGAACUCAAUUUCUCUGUUCAGAGCCAUAAACAACAAUCCAGGAAUAGUAGCAGAGACUCGAGAGUUGAUGUUUUAAGCAUUGGUUCCUCGAACUCAAUGUCUCAACUUAUGAGAGAACAAACAGACGCAAAGCCUGGUUGGCCCCUUCUCCAAAAAACUGUUUCAAUGAGUCCAGAUAGUCCAAAAGACUCUGAAGCUAGAAAAAUGUCAGUUGUUCAGUGGGUAAUGAGCUUACCAGACCGGUCUUCGCCGCCAACACCUCAAGCCCAGAUGGGUGAUGACAUGGAUCAAACACAAAAUUCUUUUGAAAGAGACAUCAAUAACCAUGGAAGAAAGAGAUAUAAUAAGAGCUUCUCAAUGUCUGAGGAACUACAGAGAGAGUUGGAGAUUCUCUUAAAGACAAAUUCUUCCAGUUGUAGGUGGUUCAGCCAUCAAGAACUGAUGACUGCAACUUCUCAGUUCUCCUCAGGUAAUCUGAUCGGAAUGGGAGGGUGUAGCUCGGUAUACAAGGGUUGUCUUUGGGAUGGCAAGCAUGUUGCAGUAAAGGUUAUGAAGUCAUCAAAAGAAGUAUGGAAGGAUUUUGCUUUGGAAAUUGAUAUCUCAUCUUCCCUGAACCACAAACACAUCACAACUUUGAUUGGUCUCUGCAUCAAAGAUAAUUUUCUUAUAGCAGUUUAUGAUUUCUUGUCCAAAGGAAAUCUAGAGGAAAACCUACACGAUAAUAAAGAUAAAUCCGUAUUGUCAUGGGAGGUGAGAUUCAAUGUGGCUGUUGGGGUUGCUGAGGCCCUAAAUUACCUACACAAAGAUUGUGCGCGACCUGUUAUUCAUAGAGAUGUCAAGUCAUCAAACAUACUUCUCUCAGAUGGCCUUGAGCCACAGUUAUCCGAUUUUGGGCUAGCCAUAUGGGCACCAACAACAUCACCUCAUGUGACACACAGUGAUGUAGUAGGGACAUUUGGUUAUCAUGCUCCAGAAUAUUUCAUGUAUGGGAAGGUCAGUGACAAGAUAGAUGUUUACUCCUAUGGUGUGGUUCUCCUUGAACUGAUAUCUGGAAGAAAGCCAAUCAUCACCGAAUCUCCCAAGGGAAAAGAAAGCUUGGUCAUGUGGGCAAAACCAUUACUAGAAAGUGGAGACCUGAACGGCUUACUGGAUCCGAAUUUAACUGGGAAAGUCGAUGAAGUUCAGAUGCAGAGGAUGGUUCUAGCUGCAGCCCUUUGCCUCACUAGAUCAUCUAGUCGACGUCCCAAAAUGAACGAGAUACUGAAGCUUCUAAGAGGUGAGAAUGAUGUUGAGGAUUGGAUGAACACCCUCAAAAGCGGUCCAAAAGAGUCAGAUGAUCAUAAUGAUGAUGACGAAGACGAAAUUUAUCCAGGUUCUAGUGCUGGGUUGCAUCUUGGUGUUGCAUUACUUAAUGUGGAUGAUGAUACAUCGUUGAGUAGCAUGGAGCAGAACAGCGACCAAUCGUUGGAGGACUAAUUGAAGGGAUGAUGGAGUCAAUCGAUCAUUCAGCUUCGAUUAGCUUCCCCCGGCUCACUUUUGCCUUUUCUUCUUCAAUUAUUUGAAGACAAUUUUGCCGCCGAUUUGGCACCACAGGACAUGUAGUCUUGCUUUGUACAGUUGAGUGGGGAGAGUGUAGUCUGCCUUUGUACAGUUUGUGUGUAAAAGAGAGUUUUUUUUUUUUUUUUUGGGGGGGGGGGGGGGUAGUUAAAAGUGUUGAACCCAACUGUAGUGUGAAUUGAACUGUAAGUCUGAGAUUGCAGAUGUUAUAAACAGGGCUGAACCCCAAGUUCUUCACAACUUUGAGGAGCUCGGUGUUGUAAUCUGCCAUGGGAUCAUGGGCUGAUCCAGUUUACAAAAACAAAAAAUGUAUAAGAAAUAGGAGCAAUAGUGUCAUUAGACAAAUGACAAUGUGCUUCUUCUUUAU